CCUGCAAACUUGUAAGACAGGUUUCGAGCUCAUCUUGUGUAGCUGUGUGGGAAAAGAGAAAAAAAAAAGAAAAAAUGGACGGCCUCUCAAACGCAUUUUCGGUGCUAGAGAUAGACGCUGAAGAUGAUCGAUUGCAGUCCGCCUCUGCUGCUUCCCCAGUCAAAGAGUCCACUUGCUCUGCCACUCCAGGUAAAAAUAAGAAGAAAGCUAAUCGCCUUGACGACAAAUUGCUGGUAGAAAACGAAAAGCAGUGUCAACAAAACAUAGUGAUGCCUUCGGUCGCGUACAAAUUGCCCCUUGUGUGGAUCGACUUGGAAAUGACUGGUUUAAAUGUUGAAGUUGACAGAAUACUGGAGAUUGCUUGUAUUAUUACAGAUGGCAAUCUGUCCAAAACACUGGAGGGUCCUGAUUUUGUUAUCCAUCAAAAUAAGGAGUGUUUAGAUGGGAUGGGUGAAUGGUGUCAAAGCCAUCAUGCAGCAAGUGGGUUGACAAAAAAGGUGAUUCAAAGUACAAUUAGUGAAAAUGAAGCUGAAAAGCAGGUUAUGGAAUUUGUAAAGAGAAAUGUUGGUACAUACACACCUCUUUUGGCAGGAAAUUCAAUUUAUGUGGAUUUUCUAUUUCUAAAGAAAUACAUGCCAGAUUUGGCCGCUCUUUUCUCUCAUGUACUUGUUGAUGUUAGCAGCGUUAAAGCUUUAUGCAUUCGCUGGUAUCCUAGAGAUAAUAAGAAAGCCCCUUCGAAGGACAAUAAACACAGAGCCAUGGAUGACAUCAGAGAAAGCAUAAAGGAACUUAAAUAUUACAAGGAGAAUAUUUUCAAAGCACCCAAAUCUAGGAAGUGAUGCACGCAAGGGAUUGCGGCAGAUGGAAGGUUUCAAUUUCAAAGUGCUGUUGUAAAUUUUGCAUCUACUUUUGGGUAAAUUCUUCUUCUCGUCUACGGUUGAUCAUUGCCUGUUACAAUCUCAAUUGAUUUUGUAUUGGAACCUGGCACAAGACAUAUCAUAGGCUGUACUUUGAUUUAACAAAUUGAAGUUUGGAUCCAAUUCCGUUUGUUUC